UUGUCACGUGUACCAAGGUACGGUGAAAAGCAAAGAUUAUAGAGGAGCUACUAGAAUCUUUGGUGAAAAGCUUUGUUCUGAUGAAAGAUCUUCAAACUGAACAAAGGAGGUGCUGUCCCACUUGCUGUUACUUUCCAAAUGGCUGUUUUACACUAAUAACGAAAUGCUGACUAUUUUGUCUUUUGGAAAUGCCAACAGGUGCGGUUUCGCAUAUUCCCGUGUUUGAGAUUGGAUGGCUGUAGACGCCUGGAAUGAGGAAGUGACAAUCCGCUCAACUGAAAGCGGUGAUUUCUGCGAAUGGCACGACGAUGUUCCAACACGUUUAUUUUGGAGUGCAAUCAUUGGGCAAGUAAAAUUUCUCAAUAUGACAGAAGAUUGGGAUGCAGAACUGGGAAGGGAGCCUAUUACCAUUAUCCCAUCCUUCAGUGAAGCGACAAGCCUAAUGAAUGAUGAUGUUAUCAAUGGAAAUCAAUCUUCUGAUUUGAAAGAACGCUACGAAUGGCAACCCAAGUGUAAUGGACAUCCAGGUUGGCAACCCAGAGUGAUUGACAAUCAAGACUUUUCGGAAAAUGCAGUUUUAAAUAAAAAUGAGUUUGACGUUCAAGCUGGUAGAAGAUGUGGCUUUGGCAGAGGUGACCGUGGUGGAUUACCAAGAUUAAGCAUGCAGAAUGGCGAUCGAUCCAGGCCGAAGAUGCCGCUCUCCAGUCCAGCGGACCUCCGUGGUGAUGUCGCCGCUGCCGAAAGCCGGAACGCCGUCUCCGCUCCGCUCCGAGUCGGCCCACCACAGCCUCGGCUCCGAGUCCCGCUGCAACAGCUCCGAGUCCCGCUGCAACAGCUCCGAGUCCCGCUGCAACAGCUCCGAGUCCCGCAGCCUCAGCUCCGAGUCCCGCAGCCCCUGCCCCGGGCCGCUGCAUCAGCUCCGAGUCCCGCAGUCUCAGCUCCGGACUGCUGCCGAAAGCUGGAACGCCGCAUCAGCGAGUCGGGCCACCGCUGCCUCGGCCCCGAAGACGGCCAGCCUCGAGUUGCAGGUGGAGACGGUCCUCUUGGCAGAGCUUGCCCUGUUGGCAGGGGAACUUUCAGUACAAGAGGGGGAUUUGGUGCUCAGUCAGGUGAUGGUGGAUUUGAUUUAAAUCGUGGGAAAGCUGAAUUUGGUUCUUCUCCAACAAAAGGUGGUUACAAGGGUAGAAAUGAAGAGUCAUUUUCUGGAUCUAAUUCUAAAUUGAGAGGUCAUUGGGAUUCUGACGAUGUUGGUGACAGUAAAAGCCAAGGUCCCAAAGUGACCUACAUCCCCCCGCCGCCACCUGAAGAAGAAAAUGCCAUUUUUGCUCGGUAUCAAACUGGGAUUAACUUUGAUAAAUAUGAUGACAUUCUUGUGGAUGUUUCAGGAGUCAAUGUCCCACCUGCAAUACUGACUUUUGAUGAAGCUCAUCUGUGCGAAACCUUGAGCAAGAAUCUGGACAAGGUUGGUUAUCUGAAGCCUACACCAGUUCAGAAGCAUGGGAUUCCAAUUGUGCUUUCUGGUCGGGAUUUGAUGGCAUGUGCUCAAACAGGCUCUGGGAAAACAGCCGCUUUCUUAUUGCCAAUAAUAGAAAUGCUGCUCAGAGGCAAAGCAGCAGGCAGUCAAUUCAAGGAUCUUCAGGAACCAGAAGUAAUUAUAGUAGCUCCAACACGUGAACUAAUCAAUCAGAUAUAUUUGGAAGCUAGAAAGUUUUCUUAUGGAACUGUUGUGAGACCUGUUGUAGUCUAUGGAGGAACGAGUACAGGACAUCAAAUCCGCCAGGUUUUACAAGGAUGUAAUAUAUUAUGUGGCACCCCAGGAAGACUUUUGGAUAUUAUCUCUAGAGGAAAAGUUGGCCUUGGUAAGGUGCAGUACUUAAUAUUGGAUGAAGCAGAUCGCAUGCUGGAUAUGGGAUUUGAGCCAGAUAUGCGGAAACUAGUUGAUACAUUUGGCAUGCCACCGAAGGAGAAUCGCCAGACUUUGAUGUUUAGUGCCACCUUUCCUGAAGAGAUUCAGAAUUUGGCUGCAGACUUCAUGAAGAGUUCUUAUUUAUUCCUUGCCGUUGGUCAGGUGGGAGGAGCCUGUGGAGACGUACAGCAAUCCAUACUUCAAGUAGACCAGUAUUCUAAAAGGAACAAAUUGGUCGAAAUCCUCACCAACAUAGGUAAUGAACGAGCCAUGGUCUUUGUUGACACCAAGAGGAAAGCUGACUUUCUUGCUACUUUCCUCUGUCAAGAAAAGUUCCCUACAACAAGUAUUCAUGGUGAUCGAGAACAACGGGAAAGGGAGAUGGCACUUGGUGAUUUCCGUACAGGGAAGUGUCCCGUGUUGGUGGCUACAGCGGUGGCAGCUCGAGGGCUGGACAUUGAGCAUGUGCAACACGUCAUUAACUUUGAUUUACCGUCCACCAUCGAUGAAUAUGUCCAUCGCAUUGGGCGCACAGGCCGUUGUGGACAUGUUGGCAAAGCAAUAUCAUUCUUUGAUUCAAAAACAGAUUCGCCGAUAGCGCGUGCCCUGUUAAAGGUCCUUUCUGAUGCCCAGCAAGAAGUUCCUGCAUGGUUAGAAGAACUUGCUUUUUCUGUUCAUGGGACCAGUUACAAUAAUCCCCUUGGAAAAGUGUUCGCUUCUGUAGAUACCCGUAAGGGUUUGGGUGUUAACAGAAACUUCAGUGGCUUUGAAGCAAAUGAACCAGUGACUUAUGGUGGAAAUGAAGAUGUAUGGGAAUAAUGUUAACAUUUAGAACUUUAAAUCAAUGUCCACUAAGUGUUAUACAAGCUUUUCAUUGUUCACUUGUUUUGUAGGGAGUUAAUUUCUAAACUUGUAUUUGCAAAUUUGUUUUCAUAUUUAAGUUGUAUCACAGUGGUCGAAUAUUACAAUGUUGAUCUAUUUAUUUUGGUUAUCUGUAUGACGGGGAGGGGGUGGAAUAAGAUUGCAAUUGCUUUAAGUAAAUUGUAAAGCUAAA